UCAUGAUGAACUGACCACUGGUGUGAAAGCGUGACGCUUUUGUUUACGAUCAGCCGUUAGUAAAUCCUAUUCAGGAACUUUCCCUUUAAAUCAACGUGAAUUAAGCCACAUGACACCACACACACUUCCGUGGCUUGGCUGUACUUCCUCGCCUGUGCUGAGCUGUAUGUCAUCUGAAUAUCUAACCAGCAGUGUGUCAGAGGCGAGAGAAAUAUUAUAUUUGUAUAAAUUAUUUUAUAUUAUUAUAUUAUAGCAAACACCGCUGGUCCUACCUCCCGAAUGAGCAUUAAACACAAAGGCGGGAAAAACAAAUAACACAGCGGACAGCGACAUCUGAGGAACUAAAGUCUUAACGAAUUAACCUGCGUUUAGCUAAUACAGUAAGUAUUUUAAUUUUGUAAUUCAGCAGUUGUUGAGGGAAGACCAAACGGAUCUCGGUGACAUGGACAGCAACCUCCGGCGUCUAAAACAUGAACUGGAUUCUUUGUGGCAGUCGGAUGAGGGUCUCCAAGCUCAGAUGAAUUCUGUUAUCGGUGCCCUCCAGGAGCUCAAACUCUUGCAGGUCCAGACUGCGCUGGAGGAGCUGGAGUUCUCCAGUAAAACAAGCCAGGGCUCUUCAUACACUGGCAAAAUGCUCGAUCAUAUAAACUACAGUUCAAGAAUAACCCACCUGAACCAAACACAGAAUCCAGAAAAAAUUCUUUCACAAGAAUGUUUCAAGACUGAGCUUACCAUGGAACCAUCUUUGUUCCUCACUAGUUCUCCAGCAAAGAACCGCCGUAUUCCCAAGAGGGUUUACGGAGGAAGUCUAAGCACUUCUUCCUCUUUUUCCUCUCAGGAAGACACAACUGACAACAGUUUCUCCUCAUAUGAUAUUGAUGACUCCACUGACUGGACAGCCUCAUUGAUGAACCAUAGUAGAAACAGACAGCCAUUGGUAUUGGGCGACAAUGUUUUUGCUGAUUUGGUUGGAAACUGGCUGGACUUGCCUGAUGUUGGAGGCCAGGUGGCAGGUGAGGAUCAGAAUGACUCCAGUCUUAAAGAAACGCUUUCAGAGUCAUCAACUAGUGGUCACUCUCAAGAUCUCUCCAGGAAACUCUCACUAACGGCUACCAUCUUCAAGCGGGUCCUACGCCGCGUUCGGCCAUGGCACCACCAAGAAAGCGAAGGAAUGGAUGUCUGUAAACAACCAAAAAUCACAUGCAGAAAGCCAAAGUCAGAUAUCAGCAAGCCAUUCUGGGUGAAAACAAGAGGAAUGAAGAAGAAAACCACACCCACCCAACAAGAGGGCGUGACUUAUCAGGGGUCAGAGGGUUUGACUGACAAAGGAUGGGUGGAGAUUGUAGAGAAACAUCCAUCUGUGUUUGAUUACAGCUCAGCUGUGUGGGUCUAAUAUAAUUCUUCAUAAAAUACACUGUUACACAUGUUGUUAGACAUAAUUAGUUGACUUUAUGAUCAAAAUUGUUGUAACAUGAUGCUGAAGUGCACCUAGUUGGCAAUUCGUUAUUGCAACAUUUCAUAUUCAAGUCAAAAACAUACAGUAAUAUGGAAAUAGUCUAAACAAA